AUGACCUCCAACGCUGCAGCUCUGCUCCUGCUGGCUCUCAUCUGCUUCCAGUUUGCAGCAGCCCAGGUCCCGGUGGACUGCUGUCUGAGUGUUUCUGAAAAACGUUUGCCCUACAAGAACCUGCUGAGCUACACUAUCCAGGAGGCUGGGAAGGGCUGCGACAUCAGCGCUACGGUGUUCCUCAACAGGCACCAAAUGAAGCUGUGCGUCGCCCACCCUGAUGACAAUCAGUGGGUGCGAUGGCUCAUUAAGGUUUUGGACAAGAAGAAAGAUGCACACUCUUAG